CGGCACGUGACACGAAAGUUUUGCUUGAUUAAAUCCAAAAGGCUUGUGUUAAAUCGUUUUAUAAGAAAUGUUUGGUCCAUAUUACGACGUAAUUUUGUCCUUAAAAGAAGUACCCUUUUCAAGAAGAAACGAUUUAGAAAGGCGGGAUAUUUUCGUAAGUGGAAGGCCAGAGCCGGUCCUAAGUGAAGUGUUAAAAGAUCAAAGAGUGGGUUCAAGCUUCUUUCGUUCUUUUCAAACCACUUGGUAUGAUACCCAUCCCUGGUUAUGUGGAAGUUUUUACUGUCAAAAACUUUUCUGUUGGCCGUGUUUACUUCUUUCAAGAACUAAGUCAGUUUGGGCGACAGAAGGGUUUUAUGAUUUAAAGAAUUUAUCAAGAUCUUGUCAAAAACAUGCCACAUCCGCAAAUCACAUGACAUGUUUUAUGAAUUUUAAACGGUUGGUAAAAAACAUGCCCACUCUUAAAGAUUUAAUUCAAGAAAAUUCUUUAUUUUGCAAGUCGGUCUAUAAUGAAAAAGUUAGAAAAAAUAGAGUGCUAUUGAAUAUCCUUAUUGAUACAACAAUUUUAUUGGCAAAACAAGAAUUAUCAUUUCGUGGCCAUCGCGAAAAUGAGUAUAGCGAAAAUAGAGGCAAUUUUAUAGAAAUUUUUAAUUUUAAAAUCAAGGACAAUGAAGAAAUGACCAAACAUAUCGCAAAUCUUGGAAAAUCAUUUUCUUCCAAAACAAUCCAAAAUGAUUUAAUACUUUGUGUAAGUGAAGUGGUAAGGGACGUUAUUUCCAAUGAAAUAAAAGAAACAGAUUUUUUCUCGGUAAUUGUGGAUGACACUACAGAUAUAACUGAAAAAUCCCAGUGCGCUAUAUCGCUACGAUAUUUAGGUAAAGACAAUUUAAUUAUUUAUGAGCGCUUUUUGGGUUUUUUUGAUGUAAGUGAAAAUGGAACUGCUGACGCUUUGUUUGAUUUAGUGUCAACUAAUUUAGCCCCUUACAACUACAAACAAAAGCUUGUGGCACAGUGCUACGAUGGGGCCAGUGUUAUGGCAGGACAUUUAAAUGGUUUGCAAGCAAAAAUUAAAAAAGAAGCUCCACAAGCCCUUUUUAUCCAUUGCUCAGCUCAUAAACUUAAUUUAGUAUUGCAAGAUAGUUGCAAAGCUAUAAAAGAGUGCAGGGUUUUUUUUGCUACUCUUACUGGCAUACCUAAUUAUUUCCAUCAAUCAGCCAAACGCACGUUUUUUGUUGACAAUUUAGUAGGAAAAAGAAUACCAGCGUUUACGAAAACACGGUGGGCAUCACGGUCAAAAAUUAUAACUUUACUUUUCGAUAAUUACUUAGAGUUUAUUCCUGUUUUUCAAAAAAUAAUUGAUGAUAAAACCUGCAGUGCAGCCUCUAUUAAUGGAGCCAGAGGUUUUUUAAAAAGUCUUUUAGAUUAUGAAUUUGUAUUUUUGUUGUUUUCUUUUUCAAAUAUAUUUUCAAAAACCAACAUACUUUUUGAAAUUUUACAAAAAAAAGCUUUGGAUAUUAAUUUUUGUAAAGAAAAAAUUUGUAAUUGUAUAGACAAUUUAAAACAAAUAAGGUCUGAUGAAGAGUUUCUUAAUAUUAAAAAUAAAGUGACAAAUUUAUUAGACAACGCCAAAGAAAAGGUAGAAAUAAAUAUUGCUUUUAAACAAAAAGGUAAUGAAAAUUUAAAAGUUUUAUUUUUUGAAAUUAUUGAUAAUAUAAUUAUGCAAAUGACAGAAAAAUUUUUAGAAUUGGUAAAUCAUAAAAAUUUUAAAACCUUUAAGACUAAAUUUCCCAGUGAUUUACUUACAGAAUUAUGUCAUAAUUACAAAGAUUUUGAAAACAAAAAAAGUGCUUUAAAAACAGAAUUAACAAUUAUCUAUAGUGAUGACCAAUUUAUGUGUUCUGUAGAAAAAUAUUAG